AUGCUGUAAUGAUUUCAUUAUUAGAAAUCUAUAUUAUAUUUAUAUUACAUCAUAGAAAAUUUAAUAAGCGUAAUAGGCAGCCCAUAUAGAUAGCGAGCAAGGGGCUAAGAGUUAGGGGGAAAGAUGGGGUCAAUGGCAGCAGCAACAGAGGUUCACAUGAAUUUAUUAUCAGCAAGAAAAGGAUUUGGAUUACAAAGGAAACCUCCUCCGGUUCAUCUCCAGAACAAAUUGAAAUUUCCUAACAUUAGUAGUAAUGCCAUAAUGAUAAUCAGGUGCAGCAGCAGUAGUGGUGCUAUUGCUAAUUCCAGUAGUUAUGGCAAAGCAUUAGAGGCAGAAGCGAUAAGGAAGCAGUGCAGAAAAUGGGUAUGGAAGGGACAAUACUCCAUUAAUUAUUUAGUUUCUUCUGAUGAUUUACAGUCUUCCCUACAGUCUUCUCUCCCUCCUCUUCUCCUUGUUCAUGGCUUCGGCGCCUCCAUUCCUCACUGGCGCAGGAAUAUUGCAACAUUGGCCCAAAAUUACACUGUCUAUGCCAUUGACCUUCUUGGCUUUGGUGCUUCAGAUAAGCCAAAGGGUUUUUCAUACACCAUGGAAGGAUGGGCUCAGUUAAUCUUGGAUUUCUUGGAAGAAGUUGUUCAGAAGCCAACCGUGCUAAUAGGGAACUCUGUUGGAAGUCUUGCUUGUGUUAUUGCGGCUUCAGAAUCCAGUCCAAAUUUCGUUAGAGGGCUUGUGCUGUUGAAUUGUGCUGGUGGCAUGAACAACAAGGCCAUUGUUGAUGAUUGGAGGAUCAAGCUGUUGCUGCCUGUGCUUCUGCUUGUUGAUUUUCUACUGAAGCAACGAGCAAUUGCUUCAGCGAUCUUUGAGCGUGUUAAACAGAGUUAUUGUGUCACAUGCAGAGACACACUGAGGAACAUUUUAUUGUCUGUUUAUGGAAAUAAGGAGUCUGUGGAUGAAGAACUUGUGGAGAUCAUUAGAGGACCUGCAAAUGAUGAUGGGGCACUUGAUGCUUUUGUUUCCAUAGUGACAGGCCCACCAGGGCCAAAUCCUGUGAAGUUGAUGCCAAGAAUUUCCAUACCUGUUCUAGUUCUAUGGGGUGAUCAGGACCCAUUCACACCUCUUGAUGGACCUGUUGGUAAAUUUUUCUCUUCUCUUCCUUCUCAAUUCUCAAAUGUUACUCUUUAUGUAUUGGAAGGGGUUGGGCACUGUCCCCAUGAUGACAUUCCUGACUUGGUCCAUGAAAAUUUGCUUCCUUGGUUGUCUCAAGUUGCUGCUUUAUGAAUAUCAUUACUCUGUUUCCAAGAAUUCCUUGUACAUAAAGCUUAUGUAAGGAGCAUGCCAUUUAAUUUUGGGUUUCCUUUGGCUUGUAUAACAGAAUAGAGCAAAAAUAUUCAAAAUGUGAAAUUCAUUUAUGUUGUAAAUGAACUUGUAAUGGAAUUCAUAUAUAAAUAUUUAUGUUUUA